GCGUGGGCGUGUUUGGGAGCUGCAGGUGUGUCCAGGUGUGGGUUCGUUGGGUCAGCAGAGGAUUUAACGGGACUUUGUGUCGGUUUGAGUUGUUUUUAAAGGAGGAUGAAGACGCUGGUGGUGUUCCUGCUCCUCAUGAACGUUUCCCAGCAUGCUCUGACUAUGUUGUUAGAGGUUAACAAGGGGGUAGAGUCUGUCCUGCUGCCCUGCCAGUACUCCGGUAUUAUACCUGAGAUAAAUCCCAUUGUGAUGUGGACUCGCUAUGAUCUCAAUCCCAAAUCUGUCCACUUACAACGAGAAGGAGGAGAUGAUCUUGGAGAGCAAAACCAGCAUUACAGAGGGCGCACAUCAAUGAGGCCUGAUGCUCUGGACACUGGAGACUUCAGCCUCACUCUGAGAAACCCAGAACUGACUGACAGCGGCAACUACACCUGCUCCUUAGCUGAUAUAAAAGAAGAGCUGAGAUGGACGGAUAUACAGCUUGAGGUCAAAGACCAGCAGGUGGAGGUAAAGGUGGAGGAAGGCUCAGAGUCCGUCCUCCUGCCCUGCAAAACAAAACCCGACCUGCCCGAGGACACCAGAGUGGAGUGGACUCGCUCUGACUUGGAACUUCUAUUGGUCCAUGUGUAUUCAAACGGUGACCACAUUAAGAACCAGGAUGGUGUUUAUAGAGACAGAACAAGGAUGAAUGAAGACCUGCUGAAAACUGGAGACCUCAGUCUGACCCUGAAAUACCCCACAGAGAGAGACAGUGGAGGAUACAUCUGCACCAUCUACAGGGACAAAGACAUCCUGAGACAGAAAGUAGUGCUGCAGGUCAAAGAACCAUUUCCAUCCUGGGCCACAGCUCUCUUGGUUCUCCUGGUUCUUCUUGUGGUUUCUGGAGGUCUUUUAUUUCAUUUCCGACAGUAUUUCAUGUCAGUUUACAAGGUGGAGGCAGAUUCAGAGGUGGAGCCUGUCCUGCUGCCCUGCAAAACCACAGUUUGCCUGCCUAAAGACGCUAAAGUGGAGUGGAAGAUUGGUUCAUACACAAAGGUCCACGUGUAUCAGAACGGCUCUGACCAACCUGAAGAACAGGACAAGAAUUAUAAAGGCCUGACAAAGAUGAAGAGAAACUUACCUGGAGACCUCAGUCUGACCCUGAAACACCCCACAGACACAAACACCUACACCUGCACUGUCUACAGCAGGGAGGGAAACAUCCUGAUGGAGAAACAAGUGGAGCUGAAAGUCAGAGUUCCCCAGGUGGAGGUGGAUUCAGGGGUGGAGUCUGUCCAGCUGCCCUUCAACACCACACUUCACCUGCCUGAAGACGCUAAGGUGGAGUGGAAGGUGAACGUUGGCAACAACUUCUACACAGUACACGUGUAUAAGAACGGCUCUGACCACCUUGAAGACCAGCUUCAGUUUUUCAGAGACCGAACGAAGAUGAAUGAAGACCUGCUGAAAACUGGAGACCUCAGUCUGACCCUGAAAUACCCCACAGAUGAUGACAGAGGCAUCUACACCUGCACCGUCUACAGCAGGGAGGGAAACAUCCUGCUGAAGAGAAAGGUGGAGCUGAAAGUCAGAGUCUGUCAGGUGGAGGUGGAGGAGGGGGCGGAGUCUGUCCAGCUGCCCUUCAAAACCACACAAAACCUGCCUGAAGAUGCUGAAGUGGAGUGGAAACGUAUUAAACCUGAACCAUCACUGAUCGUCCACGUGUAUAAGAACGGCUCUGACCAGCCUGAAGAACAGCACCAGGUUUACAGAGACCGAACGAAGAUGAACAAAGACCUGCUGAAAACUGGAGACCUCAGUCUGACCCUGAAACACCCCACAGAGAGAAACAGUGGAGAAUAUGAAUGUGUAGUUGUCAGCAAGAACAUCUGGAUAAGAUACAAAUCAGUGCAGCUAAAAGUUAAAGGGAGAGUUCAGGUCCAGGAUCAAACAGGGGACAUCAGGAACAGAAGCAUCAAAUAA